AUGAGCCAGGGCAGCGGGCCCCCCGGCGAGAGCGGCGAGCCCGAGGCCAAGGUGCUGCACACCAAGCGGCUGUACCGAGCGGUGGUGGAGGCAGUUCAUAGACUGGAUCUCAUUCUUGGUAACAAGGCAGCUUAUCAAGAAGUGUUCAAGCCAGAGAACAUCAGCUUGAGGAACAAGUUGCGAGAGUUGUGUGUGAAGCUGAUGUUCUUGCAUCCGGUGGAUUAUGGGAGAAAAGCAGAGGAACUGCUGUGGAGAAAGGUUUACUAUGAAGUUAUCCAGCUCAUUAAAACGAAUAAAAAGCACAUUCACAGCCGCAGCACCCUGGAGUGUGCAUACCGGACUCACCUAAUUGCUGGCAUAGGAUUUUACCAACACCUUCUUCUCUACAUUCAGUCUCACUAUCAACUGGAGCUGCAGUGCUGUAUUGACUGGACCCACGUAACCGACCCACUGAUAGGCUGCAAGAAACCUGUGUCUGCAUCGGGGAAAGAAAUGGAAUGGGCACAGAUGGCGUGUCACAGAUGUCUGGUUUAUCUGGGAGAUUUAGCUCGCUAUCAGAAUGAGUUGGCAGGUGUGGACACGGAACUGUUGGCUGAGAGGUUUUACUAUCAAGCCCUUUCUGUUGCCCCACAAAUCGGGAUGCCCUUUAACCAGCUGGGGACACUGGCAGGGAGUAAAUAUUACAACGUGGAAGCUACCUACUGCUAUUUACGCUGUAUCCAGUCUGAAGUGUCCUUUGAAGGUGCCUAUGGUAACCUGAAGCGGCUGUAUGACAAGGCAGCCAAAAUGUAUCACCAGCUGAAGAAAUGUGAAACCAGGAAACUGUCUCCAAGCAAAAAACGAUGCAAAGACAUUAAAAGGUUGCUGGUGAGCUUUAUGUAUCUCCAGAGCCUUUUGCAGCCAAAAAGCAGCUCUGUGGACUCUGAGCUAACAUCUCUUUGCCAGUCGGUGCUGGAGGAUUUCAACCUUUGCUUGUUCUACCUGCCUUCUCCUCCUAAUCUGAGCUCAGCGAGCGAAGACGAAGAGGAAUAUGAGAGUGGAUAUUCCUUCCUUCCCGACCUGCUCAUCUUCCGCAUGGUGAUCGUCUGCCUAAUGAGCGUCCACAGCCUCAAAAGGGCAGGUUCAAAGCAGUACAGUGCAGCCAUUGCUUUCACUCUGGCCCUCUUUUCUCAUCUGAUAAACCACGUCAAUAUUCGCCUGCAGGCAGAACUGGAAGAAGGGGAGAAUCCAGUUCCAGCCUUCCAGAGCGAUGGCACAGAUGACCAAGAGACCCGGGAGCCCUUGAACUCCGUUGAGAAGGAAGCAGAUGCUGACUUAGCCAACCACCGGCCCAGUGAUGAGCAGAGGAAGAAGGACAGCAAGAAGAGUAAGAAAUACUCUCGCCUCUCCUGCUUGCGCCGCCGGCGCCAUCCCCAGAAGGUUGAUGAGAGUGACCUGAGCGAGGGCUUCGACUCCGACUCCAGCCAGGACUUCACUAAGGGCAGCGAUGGCUCGGAUAGCGGCUCGGAGAAAAGCGACGAGGAGGUGGAGACGGCCUUUGAUGUGGAGACAGACUCAGACAUGAACAGCCAGGAAUCCCGUUCCGACCUGGAGGAUAUGGAGGACGAGCCAGGGGAGGAGGGAGGCGGCCGAACCAAAAGCAUGAAAAAUGGGUCCAAGGAGGCCUUAAAAAACUGCAUGGAGGGGAUCAAUGGGCCAGGGUCCAUGGGCACUAAUGAAGCUAGCAUAGCCAGUAACCUCCAGGCCAUGUCCACACAGCUGUUCCAGACCAAACGCUGCUUUCGCUUGGCCCCCACUUUCAGCAAUGUUCUCUUGAAACCAACUCAUGAACCAGCUGCCUUGAAGGAGGUAGUGGACAGCAAGCCUUGUGUCAACGGGGAUGUGGAGAAGCCCGGCUUCCCUGAACAAGAUGACUUGUCUGACUCUGAAGAGAGCAUCACCAGUAACAAAUCCUGUAGGAACGAGAGAUCCCUCCAAGAGAAACUAGAGAUCAUAACCAAUGAGGGCCUGCUUCCGACUGUCAAGGUGUUCCUGGACUGGUUGAGAACCAACACUGACCUCAUCAUCAUGUGUGCCCAGAGCUCCCAGAGUCUAUGGAACAGAUUAUCCGUGCUUCUGAACCUUCUGCCUUCUGCUGGAGAACUGCAGGAACCAGGGCUGGCUCUUAGUAACGAGGUCAAGGACUUACUGAUUGGCUGUGAGCUUCCAGACUUGAGCACCAGUUUGCUGCUUCCAGAAGACGUGGCGCUCCGUAACCUGCCCCCUCUGAAAAAUGCACACAAGAGGUUUAACUUUGAGCAGGACAGACCCAUACUCUCAGCGGUGGAGGAGUCCGUGAUUCGUAUUUGCUGCAUCCGCAGCUUUGGCCACUUCAUCACCCACUUGCAAGGCAGUAUCCUGCAGUUUAAUUCGGAGGUCGGGAUCUUCAUUAGCAUCGCUCAGUCUGAGCAGGACAACUUGUUGCAUCAGGCCCAGGCCCAGUUCCGCAUGGCUGCGGAGGAAGCUCGUCGGAACAGGUUAAUGAGAGACAUGGCUCAGCUCCGACUGCAGCUGGAGGUUUCUCAGCUGGAGGGGAGUCUCCAACAGCCCAAAGCUCAGUCUGCCAUGUCUCCUUAUCUUGUCCCAGACACCCAAGCUCUCUGCCAGCACCUCAGCAUCAUCCGGCAGUUAGCUACCAGCGGCAGGUUCAUCAUCAUCAUCCCUCGAACAGUGAUUGAUGGUUUAGACUUCCUGAAAAAGGAGAACGCAGGCGCUCGUGACAGCAUCCGGUAUUUAGAGGCAGAAUUUAAAAAGGGAAACAGGUACAUUCGUUGCCAGAAAGAUGUUGGGAAAAACUUUGAGAGGCAUAAACUGAAGAGACAGGAUUUAGAUGCCUGGAACCUCUAUAAAAUAUUGGACAGCUGCAAACAGCUAACCGUGUCCCAAGGGAACGGAGAGGAUGACACCACGGGGAUGGUUACCAUCAUAACUGGCUUUCAGCCGGAUGAUCCAAGCAAAUUCUCUGCACCCAUGCAGUCUGCUAUCCAGGCAGCGGCCAGUGCCAGUGUAGAAAUAAAAAAUGUUCUGGAGUUCUACAAGCAGUGGAAGGAGAUGGGCUGAUGGUCAGAAGGGCAUCGGGUUGGUGUACCUUUCUCUCCCCCUCUCAGAACGCGCAGUGUCUGAACGAAGGAAACAAAACACAGGCGAGACUUGACACGAAGAAGCAGCAGCAGCAGCAACAACCAUGACAAAAACAAAUCCAGUUCCGGCACGCACACAAAACACCCACAACCCACACCCUGAACAGACGACUGUACAUCUCCAACAGCGCCAACUGCUCUGAGAAGAGAGACACCUCAGCAAGGCCGAGAAGAGAUCUCCCCUUCUCCCGGUCGGCAGGGAUGGGCGAGAGACGGGCAGUCGUUCAUCCCCCCAAAGCCUGCUCGGUCGUCCCCAAUCGUCAGGCAGCUCCUCGUACGUACUUUAUUUAAACAAGCCAAAACCACAGCAGUGGAAAUGGAACAACAAAAGGGGCUAGCCUCCGGGGCUGGGGACAAAGAUCCAAAGAGUGCUCUUUGUUGGGAAUCUGGUGAUAGGAACAUGAACACCUUUUUAAUUAAUUUUUUCCAUCUUCUUUCUUUUAAUUCUUAGCAUAUAUAUAUUAAAAAAAAAAAAAGUGGAGUUCCUUUGGGGUUCUGGAUCCUCUUCAAAUGUUAAAGAAUUAAAGAGAAAAAGGAAAUGAUGAUGCUAUUUUUAAACAGAAAAGCAAAAAAAAAAAAAAAAUUUAGGAACAAAUUUAUUUAUUCCUCUCCUCCCCUUUCCAUACUGGGGGGAGUGCAAAGUGAUUAUUGCCUGUAGAGAGAAGCACCAGCCGGAAACCUUCCCUAUCCCGCUAGGAGUUUGGUGUGCAUUCCUUGCUUUUGUACUUGUUGCGUGUUUUGUGAGCCAUGAUAGGUCUAGCUUGGGCUGUUUGAGAGAACAGGAGGAAAGGAUUCUUUCCUCCUCCUAAACGACCCCCUCUUCCAGUGUUAGGUCUUUGUGCAGGGGAGGGUAAAGGUGAAUGCAAUUCAAGCUAGUUGCUGGUCAUCAGAAUGGAGCUGCAUUGGAUGCUUAGACAGUGGCAAGGGUUGUUGAUUUGGCUUGAGCCCGCGGAGACUCAAGAGACAAAUCGGACCUGAAAACAUCUCCAAAGGGUCCCUAAUUCCUCUUCCUUAUUUUGCAGGGGGGGUUUGGGAGAGGAGGGGGCGCAGAGGAUUUUCAUAAGCUUAUCAACUGUCUCUUCAGUUGCUCUCGGACUCCGCUUCUUCUGUUUAAAACAAGAGAGGUUUGCAGAGCUUAUGUAGUCCCUAGGAGCAGGAGGGGGAAAUGCAGUGGCCACUGCAAGUCAGUGUCAUCCGGGACUGGCCCCUGGACUGUUCUAUGCCUUUCAGUCAGUACAGCGGCAUCCAUAAAGGAAGGGAAGACAAUAGCUGUGCAGAUGCUGGACUUAGCUCCUUUUGUUUCCUGCGAGGCAAAUUUACAAACCUCUCUCCUGCACCAUCUCUACGCGUCCUCCAUCUGACUUCUGGGAACACUGAUACCUGUCAAUGAAAAGCACAUUGCUAUAAAGCUCACUAAGCACCGGGUACAAGUUCCAUCUCUGUUGAUCUGUGUCAUUGUACUUUAAGACCAGAUGUCCCCAUCCGCUUGAACCAGCAGCAACUAUGCAAGUAAUGAGUUUAACCCACUGGUCUCUGUCAGGCUGUUUUAAUUUGGCCUGACAGGAAGCUGCUAUAACUGGUUAUUAAUGGUGUACUAGGAAUGGACCAUUAAAAAAAAAAUAACCAUUUGCAAUACCUGCGGAUUUCCCAGCAUAACAAAUCGUACCAGAAUUGCAAAAUGUCCCAUUUGGGGUUCAGACCAGUAUGAAUCCCACAGGAUUCAUCCACCUCGCAGCUUAGAUCAUUUUGCAGCCAGCAGCCUCGUUGCUCAGAUGAAAGGCCUUGGAAAGCCAGUGUGCUUUAAAGGUGAUUUUAUUCCUUUGGAAAGCAGAGGAGGGCAUAGGGGGUCAGUGUUACUAAUUGAUUUUCUCUUCAUGGCUUCACCUGAAACUUGUGCUGCUUCACUAGGCCAUGCCAAGAAGACAGCUUAAGCAAAAAUGCUGAAUGGGGGCUUUCACCUGAUUCUGCUGGCUUCCUGUGUUUACAAACAGAUGUCAGCGGUGGCAUAUCCCCAGGUGGAGUUUAGUGCAUGGCAUUUGUCCUUUCCCACACGUACUCCGCUCUUUUCUUUUAUUAGGUCUGUUUCUGUUUAGCUCGUGCUUUUAUUUAAUGGAGAUGCAAAAAGUAAAAAAGACCUACCCUGUGUAUGAUGUCUCCAUCAGAACCCUCCUACCUGAGUUGUACAAGCCAGAGCAGUGUAGCAUUGAAGGUGAACCGAUUCACCCUCUGCAGUUCUAUCCCUUUUUUUGACAUGACGCUGACCAGUGCACUGAAUUACGCUCCCCGCUGACCCACAAGUCUAGGUUAUCUUGAAUUCUGUCUGGUGGAUCAGACUUCUCUCGGACUUGGGUGUUCUGUCCGGCU